GUGCUCUCUUGCUCACUCUCACUGUGCCUGUCUUACCCGGUGCCUUUCAUUCUUUGGGGGAGGAGAUUCAACGACUCUUAGCAUCACUGCAGAAACAGAGAGAGGGCGGAGCAGAGGGAGAGAGAGAAAAGAGCUGGAGAGAUGAUAGCAGGAGGCGAUGAGACAAGGAGAGAUUUAGAGACUGCAGCAGCACGAAGCGCAGGAGAACAGAACCGACAGCAGCGGUGUCUAACUUGGUGUGACAGAGUCCAGCUGAGAUAGAGGUCAGCGGGGCUUAACCUGCUGGGCCACCAUCUGAUUGGUGGGUGGUGAUGAUCGCAACAGGUGGAUUGCUGAGAAUCAACGCACGCCGACAGGACUCGCUAUCCAGACCACAUAAACCACACACACAGAAGAAGAAGAAGAAGAAGAGGAGGAGCGAGGUAGUGGUGGUAAAGGGGAAGCUGAAGUUGUGUUCAGUCUCGGGUCUCGUGGCUGCACUUGGCAUUCUGGUUCUGGUUGUGGGUGUGGUCAUGGCGGCUCUGGGCUAUUGGCCUCGUGAUGGAUUAUUCUUCAGCUCUCAGCCACAGGAGGGCACCGCCAUGGCUUCUGUCUCCUCAGACACCCCAACAAUUGCACCUGCUGAUGCCCAAGGAGAAGUGAGAGAAGGUGUACUGAAAUCAGAUGACGUGGGGACUAAUGGAGGAAGCGAUGAUGGUUUUAACCAGACAGAAACCAUAAAUGGGACAACCAGACAUCUUCCACAAGGUUUUCUACAGGACUUUCUGGACAGGACAGCGGUGCCCCAAUCACCGGGCCAUGGACCGGUACCGGUACAUGAGUCGUUUGGUACUGGGCUGCGAGUUGGGGCUCAGGUAUUUGUACUCUGAUAGACUGAAGGUUUUUGGCCCACUCAUCAUGGGGAUUGGCAUUUUCCUCUUCAUCUGUGCUAAUGCUGUUCUGCAUGAAAACCGUGACAAGAAGACAAAAGUUAUAAACCUGAGGGACAUUUAUUCCACUGUUAUCGACCUCCACAGCCUCCGGAAACCCAACACUUCCUCCUGCUGCUCAGCCAAUCCCCCCAACAGCAUCGUUAACUAUAUCCAAUCAAAGAGCCUGGAGGCCAAACCCAGGGCAUACCCUGACUCCCUAAAAAACAGAAAGGGGGGAGGAGAAGGUGUGGGAGACAGUGGAGUGGGAGGUGGGCUGUUAACCAUGCAACCUGGCAGCAGUAAAGGAGCAGGGGAAGGUUGGGGCAAUGAUGGAGGAGGACACACAGUCUUCAGUAUAUACCAGGAACAAAAAGAUGCUCCUCCUCCCUCCUCCUCACAGAGAUUUUCCCUCCCCCAAAGUUUCAGCCCCAUCCACCUCUCCACCUGCUGGACCACAAAGAAUAUGCUAAGCUCUUUCACCUUACCACUGCGCCGCCCAAAACCCCCUGCCCCGCAGAGAAGGCACUCCGCACGAGCCAGGACCAACCAGGGCUGGAGAGGGGACAAAGGAGAAGAGGAACAACAGAGGAGGGACAGAGGAGAUGACAAACCAGGGGAGGAGGGUUAUGUAUGCCCACCACCUCCUCAGCGCUACUCUAGUCCCCCCCCAAACAGACCCCUCCAGGAUUCAUUAAAAACUUCUUGCAGCUCCUCCGGGCUCUACAAGGAAGCACCAGGAGGCUCCCAGGCCCUGCUCCUCCUCUCCUCUUCCUCUCUCACCCCCUCCCACUUGUCUCUCUCCUCAUUUUCGUCCACACCACUGCCGCCUUGCAGGAGGCACAGCCUGUCGACCAGCAGCAUCAUCACAGGUUAUAGCAAAUUAAAACACAGAGACAACGAUUCAUGUUCCCCAUCAUCACACAAAGUGAUAUCACAGGGUAGGCAUCAAAUGUCAGAAGAAGUGACAUCACAAAGAAAGUACUCUAACAAGGAGAAGUUGAGGAUGAUCUCACAGAAGUAUUCUGGUCUGACGCAGAAGAAAGACCAAUCAGGACUUGACUCAGAGAUUGACAGCACAACUCAGUAUUUGACCGAGAAACAUUAGGGUCACAUUCAAGGACUGUGUAAACGCUGAUUGUGCGAAGAUGUCGAAAUGGUGUGUGAAUGUGGAUCUGCUGGUUUCUGAAUUAGCAAUAAGGAGUCUUCCAGAGAAGCAACAGCACAAUAUUCAAGAAUCUGCUGUUUAGCUUUGUUGAUCAGCUCUGUAAACUCUUACUGGAAAAGUUUUGUUUGGAAUCUUUUGCCGGCAGAGUAUGUGCAACAAAAUGUUUCUGUGUUAAUGUGGUAGCUCUCAAAUAAGGGGAUAUUAGCCAUCAUCUGGAAAAUGAGUGGAAUGACUUUCAAUGUAUGGUAUUCUGGGUUCCAAAUGAAAAAGUGCAGACUCAUCCAUCACUUUAGUCUUCUGCAUUAGUACAUGACCAAAUAACUACAGAAGAGCACUGUAUCCACCAAAGUGUUUUGUGCCUCAGCCUUUUCAUGCUGGUUAUUAUUAUGGAUGUCACAGGUAAUGAUAUCCUGAGGAAUUCGAAGUCAAGCUGAAUGUAAGUGUUUUGUGUAUGAAGUUGGAUGUUAUUUCCAGAAGACCUGUAUUAUUUUUAUUUUUGUGAAUGCAGUGCACUUCUGUAAAAUAGCUUCAGUUUUUGUCAGUAUUAUGGAAAAUUGUUUGAAGUAAAAAAUAAAAUGUACAGGUGCACACAUACCUGUUGUUCAUAUAAGUUACUCUCUGUAAUUAGGAUUUCACAUUUUGUUUCUAUGACCUUUGCUGUGAGUUAGUUUUGACUUCAUAUCAAAAUGAAUCAGGAUAAGUCAGCAUUAAGCAAUCUCACUACAAAACCUUAAUUUAAAUUGCUGGGAGGAUGCCCAAUGUCUUUAGUUAUUUCUGUGAGUUUAUCAUUUGUACCCUGGAAUACGUGUAAGCUGGGUCACAUUACUUUCUAUCAAGUGUACAUGUUAACCUAAAAAGAAAUGUACUCACUUUUUCCAGUUGUUGUUGACUUGCAGAGACGAAGCAUGACUUCUCAGUUUUGACUGAUUCUAAACUACAAAGUUGUAGCUUCAUGGAGUCUUCCACUGAAAAUCUAACCUACUUAACCUAAGUUUAAUCUAAGCACAAUAUCACUGAAAAUAAAGCACAUUAUGGUUAAACCUUUU